AUGCAGACUUUUAAGACGGUGGAGACCCAGGUGCCCUUUCUGAAAGAGAGUUUCUUCACCACCACUUUCAAAGGCAGGAGGAAGAGCAGCGUUACCAACCUCCUCCGUAAACAACAGAACUCACUCCUCAAUCAACAACAGUGCAUUUUAGAGCAUCAGCAGCAGCAUCCUAAGCCAGUCAUUUCCACUUCGGUCGAGAAUGGACAAGGAUCGCACACUCCUGAACAUCAACGGCUCGCUCGCUCGUCCAGCAGCCCGUUAUGCAAGACAGCAGAGCGUGCAGCAGCAGAUGGGGAUAAAAAGGAGGGGCAACAAGAGAGGAAGGAUCAGAGAGUGAGCGAGGCUGUGCAGGGGAGGGGGGGUGAGCAAAGAGUGAGUGGUAGUGAGCCCGCGGCUGUCAGUGCCAGUCUCCUCCUCCUUUCAUCAUCAGCAUCAGCGGCACAGGGGGAGGCAGCAUCAUUCUCACAGCUGCCUUUAACUGUGGUGGGCAGACAGCAGGGAUUAGGCAGCUCUGAUAGGGCUCUGACCAACAGAGGACCAGCAUCAAUAGCAUCCCAGGAGGAAGCCCAGCAUGCCCAGCCUCGAACCCAGCAGAAUGGCCUGUUAGCAAAGGGUGUCCGCCUGUUUAGAAACAUGGGGAACCAGGAAACAAAGCAGAAGAAAGGAGGAGGAAGUGGAGGAGCAGCAGGGGAUGUCUCCUGUGACGGCGAUGCUGACGAGAGGGAUGUGGACAAGAAAUCUAAAAAGUCCCACAACAAGAUAAGUAAAGGAGGAGAACAAGCCGGUAGGAAGAAAUCGAAGUCUGAGUCGAAGGGCUCUAUGUUUUCUGGCAUGAAGAUCAGGAAGAGUUUAUCAAAGGCAAAAGGGCUGUCUAAGGAUGAUAUGUUGGACGAUGGGCGGUCAGCACACUUGGGCAAAGCAGGGUUCACACCAAGUGCAGAGGCGUCAGCUGAUGAGAUGGGCAUGCUAUCAGAUGUCGAGACUGGCCGAAAAACAAGCUCAGGGUCGGAUGGUGACCUCUACAGUUUUCACUCAGCAGCAGCUGAAAAUGAAGACCUGCUCUCUGACAUCCAGCAGGCCAUAAGAGACCAGUCCAGUGACAAGCAGGAAGUGCUUACCGUUAAUCUAUCUGAAGGACUAUCAUCUGAGGGGAAUAAAGCCCAGGAGAAGCUAGUGUCUCCUCAGCUAUUCAAUCUAGAAAAGGAUGUGUAUUCUCCUCCUGUUGGUGUUGAAUGCGUACCAAAAGAAGUAAGCGAGAAAUAUAAGAAUGUGGAGAACGAAAGCUAUGUCAUAUCAAGUAAUUCAUCUGGCACAGGAACCCCGAGUGAAAGUGGUCCAGCCUCUUCAGGCCCGGACACAGAGAGAAGCAGUGGAAGCCUUCUCCCGAACACUAACAGCACAUACAGCUUCCACGACAACACGACUAACAGUUCCACGUAUGAGAGUGCUGAGGAGCACCAAGAAGACUUGGAGAGCCCAGUUCUGGCUGCACAGAGCAGAAACACAUGUGUGCCGAGUGUCUGCUUGGACCCGGUGGUGGCAGGUUCGAAGGGGCCUCACAAGAGUGUGAGCAGCUCGGACCUGUCUAUGGAGAGGGAAGAGGAAACCGGGAGACGGGACUUCCUGUCUCUAAAAAGGAGGAAGAGUAGUUUGUCAUUUAGUCAGCUAACGCCAGACGUUCCUCAGCAUAGGCGGACAUCCUCCACCAUCUCCCCUUCAACUGUCAAACUCUACCCUCCAGUCCACCCCUCCUAUGUUAAGACCACCACCAGGAAUCUCACCUCUCCAAUUGGCUCCCCCAUUACCAGUCCCAAUGUGCCCAGGAAAACAGAUGUCAACGAUGCUGCGGUAGAAUCGACCCAGGUAUUAAGAAAGCUCAAGAAGAGGUCUUGCUCAGUUGCUGGGUCCCUCAGUGGGGCAGCAGACUGGUUAACAGAGUUAGAUAAGCUAAGAGGGAGGCAGAGUGGUGAGGCCACAUUUCCAGAGCAGGAGACACCUGAGAAGGGAAACUUCUGGACCCUGGGCUCCAGGAGAGCACAGUAUGGACGGCAGGCCUCCACUUCCACAGUACCCUACCUGGACGUCUUCUCUGGUCGCACUCUUCUAGACUGGCUGUGUAUGCAUCAUGAAGACGGGUCUACAGAAGAGGAGGCGAAGGAACUGUGUCAGCGAAUGUUGGUCCAAGGUCUGCUGCACCCUUUCAGUGACAGCACAGCAGAGCCCCAUGGUGACAGCCCUGUCUCAGCACUCUUUAAUGAUGAGCAGCUGUACACCUGGGCAUCUGUCGGCCUGCCAGUUUCCUCUCACCUGUGGGAACUGUAUGGGGGGCGACCCACAGGCAGAGAACAAAGCUUGAGAUCAUGUUUGCAUCAAUCAGCCAAGACCCCAGGAGCUCUACCUGCUCAGACAGACUCCAGCAGGUUGAAGUCAGGUCAGUCGUCCUUGGAGGAUGAAAGCUGUGUCAUCCCUCAGCUGGAGCGGACCAUCGAUGACCUGCGGAUUAAGAUUGCUGUGUUGCAGGGCCAGCAGGCUUCUUUGGCAAAGGGCAGCGCUGAUAAUACUGGAUCUCUGGGUGCUUCCCACCACAAGGCCUCACAGGUGACGGGAGGAAGAUUGGGGAAGAUGAGCCAGGAGGUGUCUGUCCAGACCUCACCUGUGGGGGAGGGCUUUAAGUUUGACGUGCCUUUCAGCAGAGGAUCAGGCAGCGUGCCGUCUCCUGUUUCAUCCUCCAUCCCCAAAUCUACAGAGAGCUUUGUCUGCACGUGCCAGCAGAGACAACAGAGCAGGGCCCAUCAAACUCCCCCACCUCCACCACCACCCCCACCACCUUUACCAGGGGGUGUCGCUCCUCCUCCCCCCCCACCACCUCCCCCGCCCUUACCCGGGUUUGGACCUUGUCCACCUCCGCCUCCCCCUCCUCCUCCUCCUCCUCCUCCACCACCAGGUUUUGGACCUCCUCCACCCCCUCCUCCUCCUGGUUCUGGACCUCCACCCCCACCUCCUCCCCCGCCGGGUAUGGGCCCACCUCCACCACCUCCUCCCCCUGGAAUGGGACCCCCUCCUCCACCGCCGGCCCCGGGCUUUGGGCCUCCACCACCACCAGGCUUUAUGCCCUCCAUGGCGGUGCAGGAAGCUGCCCUUGCCAAGGCUAUGAUCGAGCCCCCCAAGCCAAUGAAGCCCCUCUACUGGACACGCAUACAGCUGAAUACUAAAAAGUCCAGUGCACUGGUGUGGGAGACAAUCGAAGAACCAAGUGUAGACUUUGAAGAAUUUGUUGAUCUAUUCUCCAAAGGUGCUGUUAAGGUGAAGAAAAAGCCAAUUUCCGACACAAUCAGCAAGUCAAAGGCCAAGCAGGUGGUGAAGCUCUUAAACAACAAGCGUUCACAGGCUGUGGGUAUUCUGAUGUCCAGCAUCCAUCUUGAUAUGAAGGACAUCCAGAAUGCCGUCCUAAAUAUGGACAACACUGUGGUUGAUCUGGAGACUCUGCAAGCCCUUUAUGAAAAUAGAGCUCAAAAUGAUGAGUUGGAUGGCAUUACAAAGCAUAUUAAAUCAUCACAAGACAAGGAGGAUGCCAAGCCACUGGACAAGCCUGAACAGUUUCUAUUCCAGUUAUCCCAAAUCCCCAACUUCUCUGAACGAGUGUUCUGCAUCCUGUUUCAGUCAACUUUCCAUGAGUGUAUCACCUCAAUCCUCCGCAAAGUAGAAAUCCUUCAGAGAGUUUGCAAGACUAUCCAGGAUGGUAAGUGUGUAUUGCAGGUGCUUGGCUUGGUUCUGGCUUUUGGCAACUUCAUGAACGGAGGUAAUCGGUCUCGAGGGCAGGCCGACGGCUUCACCUUGGACAUUCUGCCAAAACUGAAGGACGUUAAGAGCAGUGAUAACUCCCAGAGUCUUUUGUCCUACAUUGUUGCUUACUAUCUAAGGCACUUUGAUGAGGAUGCUGGUAGAGAGACGUGUGUCUACUCUCUGCCCGAGCCCCAGGACCUUUUCCAGGCCUCCCAGAUGAAGUUUGAGGACUUUCAAAGAGAUCUGCGCAAGCUAAAGAAAGACCUCAAUGCCUGCUCAGCUGAGACGGAGAAAGUUUGCAAGUUUUCCUCUGAAGAGAACCUUCAACCCUUUAAGGACAAUAUGGAGGAAUUUAUUUGCCAAGCCAAAACCAAACUGGAAGCUCAAGAGAAGCAACUGGCUGACACUGAAAAGAUCUUCUUGGAGUUGACCAUGUCCUUUUCGGUUAAACCCAAGGCAGGGGAAAAAGAGGUUUCACCGAACACUUUCUUCUCCAUUUGGCACGAGUUUUCCUCUGAUUUUAAAGACCAAUGGAAGAAGCAGAAUAAACUGAUGUUACAGGAACGGGUCAAAAAGGCUGAAGAGAGUUUCAAACAGGCCAAGGAGAAAGCUUCCUACAAUGUGAAACCCAAACACGCAACUGGAAUAAAAGCAAAGUUGGGUCAGAAGAUCUGAAGCUGAGAAUGGAAAAUUAUCAUCACACAGCCUAUUGCACAAGCACUGUUUGUACAAUAUGACAUGACUCAUCAGUCAUUUGUGCAACGUGUAUUUGCUUCCGGUAUUUGUUUUCAAUUGAUUUAGACCUGAUGUUUACUGUCAGUUGGUUGAAAGUGGAUAUUAUAUUGUUUAGAAGUUGAAUGAAAAAUUACAUUCUCAGCCCCCCUUUCAUAGCACCUGCAUAAUUAAAUGAAAUAUUGCUUCCAAAAGACAUUUAUAAACUGAGAUGAUUAAAUGUAGCUGAGUCAUUUGCCAGAAAAUGCUCAGAGGAGGCGGAAAUGUGUAGCAACACAAUAUCCAAGCUUUCUCAGUGUUUUAUAAGCCAUAUGUAGCCUAUUUUUUUGUGCAAUUCCCCUGCCUUGUUAAUAGAAAGGCAUGACAACGUCCUUUUUAUAUCUUCCUUAUUGGUCAAAAUCAAAGAAUUUUAUAACAUUUCUACAUGGUGGGUAUGGAUCAUCUGCCAGACAAAGUGCCUUAUCGCACAUUGUAGGAGUCAAAUCAGUGCUGUAGAACAGAGCUUUUUCUUUUUAGACAUAUCAUCUGUUAUUAAAUGUUACAUGUAAAGAAGAUACAUAUGUUCUACAUAGGCUGAAACAUGACACAUUUACUAAGUUAGUUUCAGAAUCUAUAUAAUUACAAAAAUGUUUUACAUACAACUGCUUAAUUUGUCUUUUCAACCAAUAAGGUCCUGAACAAGUAAGUGGUGUAAUCGUAUAUAGAUAAAGACUAUUGUUUUUUUUCUCCAGUAUCAUCAACUUGCUUUGUUUUAAGCAAAAACCCUAUGCAGUUAGUGUUGCCUUUCCGCCUGCCUGUGAGUGUGUGAACUCCCAUAUGCAAUAGGACCAUGUGACGUGACGUGUGCAAUACCAACAAUGUGUUUCAUUGAAUAACCUUGACCACAGAAAAAUUAUAUUUAUUGCAUAAAAGAAAUUACAUAAUUUGUAAUAAAAAAUUCUGCUGUU